AUGGACAGCUUUAGAAUAAUUUUAAUAUCUGUUAUAUUGGUCGUACCGUUCGUUCAUUGUAUACCUCAAGGAUACUUUUAUUCAAGACCCGAUAACGCCUUUGAGUUACCAAGAAUUGAAAGUAAUAAACUGACCGGACACACCGGACAGGUAUUGCAAAAAACUGUCUCGUUUAAAGUUUCACAUGAAGCGCAUCAGCCGUUUAAUGUUUAUGCCGAUGGUGUUUUUAUAAACCCCAAUCGUCCUGCUACCAAUGGAUAUUAUAGUGAAGGAACGUUGCAAAAUUUUAAUCCAUACAGCGUUGAUAUAUUGAACGGAAACGCCAUACAAAAUACCUACACAUCCUCACAAGACACUAACUCUUUCCUAAACAACGUCAACAACGGUUACUCUCAGGCUAAUCAAUUAAGUAAGAUCCCGUCAGAUAUUUUAGGUGUGACCAGUCAAACAACUCAAUCACCGUCAAUUAUAAAACAUAUAUACUUUCACGUUCCGCAACCGGACGUAGAGGAAUACGUUCGUCCGAUCAAGCCACAGGCAAAGAAGACGUACAGGAUUGUAUUCAUAAACCUCCCCGCUCAAACCUUAUUCAAUUCACAAACUCAAUCAAUAAUCAAGCCAAGUGCUAUCGAAGAAAAGACGCUUAUAUACGUCCUAAUAAAGAAACCGGAAGAGAAACAAAUUAUUGUUCCCAAAUCGCACAAAUUGUCAGAGCAUGAAGUUGUGUUUGUCAAAUAUAAAGAAAAUAUGGAUACAAGAACUGAGACCAUUGAAACACCACGAAGGAUUCUAUCUAACUUUCAAGAUAAGAUAUAA